AUGAGCUCUCUCCGCCAGCACAGGGUCAUUAUCGCAUCUCUUUUUCUGCCCACCACUGCCGUUCUCGGUGACUCCGCACCGUCGUCCCCGCUCGUAUCCACUCCUGGUGAUGCUCCGUCUUUUCCGUCUGCACCGCCUCCUGUAAGGCCCUUCCUCAACAAGGCUACCGGUCCGUUGAAGAGUAUUGUCGAGGACCUCAAGGAUAAGUCACGGCAAGCAACCCCCGCUGCAACACCGCGCGUAGAGUCCAGCAAUCCCUUUACGUCAUUCCCCGGGCUUGACGUACCCGAGAAUGGUACUAGUGCGAACGGCGUUAACGGUAACCAUGUGCGCCCGCACCAGAUAACACACCCCAACAGUACCGCAUCCCAGCCCCGCGUGCAGCGGCGCUUGUCCCGCUCCUCCUCCCACCGUACCCCCACGCGUUCUCUGUCCAACCAUAGCCAUGAUCUCAGUCAGGGCUGGCACCUUGAGAGCAACCCGCAUUGUAAUGGCGGGCUGAAGAACGCAGUGGGCAGCAUGGGCGUACGGAUGCAGCGCAAACUCUGGGUAGGCACACUCGGAAUAAACACAGAUAGGUUCCGCGAGAGCCUCCGGCGCUCCAUGGAAUGGCGCAUGCGCGAUGAUUCAGACAGCACCCCGGUGUGGAUCCCUGACGCUGAGUUUGCUAGCUGCUACGAUGAAUUCUGUCAUCAGGUGCUCUGGCCGUGCCUACACUACGCUAUCCCGGAUGCGCCCAAGACCAAAUCGUUCUAUGAGUCCGCAUCGUACAAGCAGUACGUCGCGGUGAACCAGCGUUUUGCGGACACCAUUGCGGCCGCGUACACUGACGGGGACAUCAUCUGGGUGAACGACUACCACCUGAUGCUUCUCCCGGCUAUGCUUCGUGCGCGUCUGCCUGGCGCACCGAUCGGGUUCUUUAUGCAUGUUGCGUUCCCUUCGUCUGAAAUCUUCCGCUGUCUCAGCAUGCGCGAGGAGCUGCUUCGCGGCUUGCUGGGGGCAGAUCUCAUCGGUUUCCAGACUGCCAACUUUGCGCGGCACUUUAGGCAGACCGUAAGCCGUAUCCUCGCCGCGGAGGCCCUGCCCAAGGGCGUGCAGAUGGAAGACCGCUUCGUUGACGUCGGUGUGUUCCCCAUGGGCAUUGACGUCAGCAGCUUGACGGAGAAAAAACACGAUCCGGAGGUCGCGGAGUGGGUUAAGCUGCUCAAACAGCGCUAUGCUGGCAUGAAGCUCAUUGUCGGCCGCGACAAGCUUGAUGAGAUUCAGGGCGUGCGGCACAAGAUGCAGGCCUUUGAGGCAUUCCUUGACAAGUACCCGGAUUACCAGGGGAAGGUGGUCAUGAUCCAAGUUGCGCUGCAGACAACAGAGGAGAACGAAGCGCAGGGUGGCGUCACGGACAUGGUCUCGCACCUGAAUUCGCGGUUUUCAACGCUGACAUACCAGCCCGUCGUGUUCCUGCACACCCAGGACCUCACGUUUACGCAGUAUCUUGCGCUGCUCACCGUUGCAGAUGCCUUUAUGGUGACCAGUUUGCGCGAGGGCAUGGCACUCAGGACGCACGAGUAUGUGGAGUGCCAGGAGGAGAGACACCGGCCUCUGAUCUUGAGUGAGUUCACGGGAUCGUACAGCUACAGCGGGUUCCGCUCUUGUAUACCCAUCAACCCGUGGGACAAACGCAUGACUGCUAAUGCCAUAUACCAGGCUCUCACGAUGAGCGAUGAUGAAGCGACAUCGCGCUGGGAGGACAUGCACAAUCACGUCGUGACCCAAAGUGCCCAAACCUUUGUGACGUCCUUCCUGCUGCGCUGCCUCCGCGCAAGCAUCGAGCACCUACGGGGCGACACAGUUGAUGUCGCAGAACUCGACGUGGCCCGCAUACUCCCGCGCUACCGCCAUAGCCAGAAGCGUCUGCUGCUCAUUGACUUCGAAGGCACUAUUUGGCAGCGCGAUAUGCGUUCCAUCAUCUCUGGCGCAUUCGACCCUCCGGCAGACGCGAUCCGUUUACUCAAUCGCCUUGCGGAGGAUUCGCGCAACGAGGUAUGGUUGCUUAGCGGGCUGCAGGUCAAGGGUGUUCUCGAGGUUGCUGCGAAGGCUGCACCGCAAGUUGGGAUUGUUGCAGAGAAUGGGUGCUUCAUUAAGAUGCGUCCAGGCCGCAACGGCGAGUCGUCGUGGAUCAACAUGGUCGUGAACUUUAAUCUAACUUGGAAGGCGCCGUGCCUCGAGAUUCUGAACUACUUCACCGAACGCACACCCGGCUCGUUUAUUGAGGAACGCGAGGCGUCCAUCGUCUGGCGCUUUUGGACUGAGCCCGACCAUCUCUCCGACCGGCAGUGGGCACGUCGCCAGGCUGCAGAGGCGCAGAACCACAUCUUCGACAGUCUCGGCGAACGCUAUGGCUUGCGCAUUAUCCCGGGCGCGAACAGCUUCCUGGUGUUACCGAACAACAUCUCGCGGUCCACAGCGGUCGGCGCGAUCCUGCAGCCGGGCGGACCCGCACACGCAGCUCCAGCGCCGCGCCCGUCAUGGAUGACUUCCGAAACUAGCGAGACGGCGGGUGCGGGAGACGUCGACUUUGUACUCGCUGUUGGCAAGGACGAAAAGCUGAUGCGCCGCCUGAACGAGCUCGAUUGCGCCGAGACGGUGUCGACGGGCAGGCGGGGCACGGAUGCGAAGUGGAAGCUCGAUCCGGAUAACGCUGUUCCUGCGUUGUGGCGGUUUGCUGAGACAAAAUGA